AUGAACACGGUCAUUCAUCUCAAGGUUGUAUUCAGAUCAUGUCCUCAGCCUUUAUGCGGGCUGCGCCGUAGAGUCAACUUCAACAUGAUCCUCGGAAUCCCGACCAAGAGUCGCUCGCCGCCUAUUCGCUUCGAGUUUUUGUGCAACACGUCGUAUCGGGGUCACAGCCUCCACAGAAAGGUCGGUGUAUGGGGACAUUCAGCUCACUCGAAGCUGCUUGGGAGCGCCAUGGAUGCCUUGGUUGGUCCUGGUCCAAAGACUGUAGACUAA